AUGUCUCCGUUCUGUCUGCACAACAGAGUUGCUACGACGCUGAUGACAGGCGUACCUGGCUUUCCUCUUCAGCCCUGCUUUCUCCUUUUCACCUCAUGUUGGAUUCCUCACCUGACUGAAAACUGCUUUUGGUGCUCCCUAUUUUUUGUGUAUGCUUUAUUGGCGGACCUUGAGUCCUCAACCUCCCACAUUUCCAAGCACCCGGUUUUCCUGUCUGACGACGACGCUUACUCCAUCCCUGUUGGGGGUCAGAACCAGCAAGACAUCAGCUCUCCAUCUCAAGAGAGAAGUCUGAAUGGAGUAGAUGAAUCAGAGUCCUUCAGCUCAGCUCCGAAAAGCUCCUGGUCUAGAGAAAGCAGCAGUCCAAAACAACAAGCCGGUGAAGAGGACCACGUUUACAGUUUUCCUAACAAGCAGAAGAACAGAGAGUCAUCAUCAUCAUCACCGGCUGCCAUGAAUUCAUUGCUGGGCAGCAACCUGUCUGAGCUGGACCGCCUCCUGUUGGAGCUCAACGCCGUCCAGCAGAGCACCCCUGCCUUCCCCACAGAAGAAGUAGCUCCACCACUUCCUGCAAGCAGCACCAUCCGCCACAUCCAGGAGAAUGGACUCUCCGCUCCAGUUAAACCCCCUCAUUCUAACCUGGAUAACCCGAAGCACACUGUAGACGCACGGCCGAGUGUGGAGAGCCUUCUGGAUGAGCUUGAGAGCUCUGUACCCACUCCCAUUCCCACACCCUUGGUGGUCUCAGAGGGGCCUAAUGACGGACAAGCGGAGGCCUUUUCUCAGCAACAAGCCAGAAUGUCUGCAUCCUCUGCCACACGAGAGCUGGAUGAGCUCAUGGCUUCACUUUCUGACUUCAAAGUCCAAAGCAAUUCCAGCUCUCAGUUGUCUGUCAAUGAGGACUCUGGUGACCCAUUUUUGGGUGCUGGAUCACCUGUCACCCAAGCUGUUGUUGGUCCAUCUAUAUCUGCUCAGGAUACUCCCCGACCUUUGAGCUCUACUUCGCCGUCCUCAACGCCUCUUUCAUUGGAGCUUCACAUAGAUGAGGAUGGUUACUCAGUGGGCUCAUCUUCAUGUUCAACUGUAAUAGUAAAAUCUUCCAAGAGCCUUCAGUUCUCCCAAGUCCAACAGAAAGAUGAGGAUACAACUGUUAUGUCCGAAGUCUCACAUUUGGAGAGCUUUAGUGUCUCAAGUGCUUUGAAGCCUCAAACCCAAACUGAUAUUAGCAGUUCUGUUCAUACUUCUCUAACUAAAAGUUCUGCAUGUAAAGACUCUGCUGCAAGGAGUUCCAGUCCAGUCAUUGUGCCAAAGAGUCCAGUGACUGAAUCUAAAACCCCGAGUCCCAGUAAAUCAAAAAUCCUCAGUCCUGCUGACAUAAAGUCUAAAAGUCUGUACUCUAAAAGUCUUAGUCCUCCACAGGUUACAAAUAGUGAAAGUCCAGUAGUAGUACCCACUCUGUUUGAAGCAGUACCAAGAACAUCUAGUCCAAUAACCGUUCCUAGGCUCUCAAGUCCAGUUCCGAAAGCAGCAAGUCCAUUGGCUGUCCCUGCUCUCUCUAGUCCACUACCUAUCCAGAGGAGUGCUAGUCCUGACAUAGCUGGACGAAGUUCUAGUCCUGUGACUAUUCCGAUACUUUGUAGUCCUGUUCCAAAGACUGCAAGUCCUCUGACUCUUUCCCACAACUCCCCUUCACUAGUCUUACCUAAGAGCUCUGGGAUUGAAGCCAUCCCAAGAAAUUCCUCUCCUUUAACACUUCCUAGGCUUUCAAGUCCAGUAACCGUUCCAAAGAGCGAAACUUGGGUUCCUAAGGGUAGUCCUCUGGUCUUUAGGAAAACACUCACUACUUCAGGCACCAGUAGUCCCAGAGCUUCUCCAGUUUCUCAUGCUACCGUACCAGUGAAUGCCCCAUAUUCCCAAGAAAAUACAGGGGAUGUUUUGGAUUUAACUUGGCCUUGCCGAGAACCUCUACUGGAUGAUGCCUUGGAUAAGAUCCUCACUCCUGGUUCUAAUCGCCUGACUGAAAAUCAGCCUCCCACCUGUGUUUUACCUGGUGAUGAAGACAAAUCCUGGGAGGAAGAGGAUGGACUUUUUCCUGAAUUUAGCAGAGAGGGAACCUUGACACCCAUGACGGAGUCCAGCUGGAUGGAUGAGUGCUUCACCCCCUCUUCCUGCCCCGGGACCCCAGAUGCAACACUGGACCUACCAACACAGCAGCCCUCCGCAGUUGAUCGACUGUCUGCGUCUGGUCAACUCAAGUCGGUUAUUCGCCGCACCAAAGAGACGUCCAACGUACAUCCGAUGUACAGGGAGGGAUUGCUCAGACGUAAGAUGGGACCAAUAAUUGUCAAUAAAAGCAACUCUCAAGAUCGACUAAUAGAGGAGCUGCAGGGAAAGCUGGGGAUCGGGCGAGUGGAGCGCAGGCGGAAACAACAGCCGGAUGACUGGCUGACAGAGGGAGUCAUUGUUAUGUCCAACCCACAACGAACACGGGAGGAAGGGAUCCAGCCAUCUGUGGAUAAGGUAGACGGACAGCAAGGAUCUGUAUCAGUACCACGUUCGGUCAAAUUGGACGUUAGGGUUUUUACAUCUUUAACUUCCUUUAUGUUGCUUUUUUCAAUCUAUCUGCAUUCCUGCUUUUUUGUCUCUUUUCUUUCCUUUUUCCUUCUUUCCCACCAGAUCAUUAUCCCACCCGAAUCACCUGCCCCACAGAGAAAAGUCCUCCCACCUCCACAGUCUCCCCCAGCACCCAAAAAGCCCCCACCAGUCCACCAGACACCCCCACCUCUACCUCCACCACCUCCAACACCCCCUCCUCCUCGGGAGCCGACUCCUCCACCCCCAAAGGAGCCGACUCCUCCACCCCCCAAGGAGCCGACUCCUCCGCCACCCAGGGAGCCCACGCCUCCCCAGGUCUUACCUCCUCCAUCACCUAGUCCCCCGCCCAAGCCCGUCACACCACCUCCACCCCCCAAGGUCUUUGUAUCAGUGGGCUGUCAGACAGAAUACGACCCUGUCUUCCCUCCAUUGCAGAUCCAGUCACAGGGAAAGGCCUCAAACUCUGCUCCAGCAAAACCAGCCAACAAGUUGGACAACAUGUUGGGAAGCCUGCAGUCUGACCUCAACAGACUCGGAGUCCAGACCAGUGCUAAGGGAGUCUGCGGUGCCUGCAAGAAACCGAUUGCUGGACAGGUGGUGACUGCCAUGGGCAGAACGUGGCACCCGGAGCACUUUGUGUGCACCCACUGCCAGGAAGAGAUAGGCUCCAGGAACUUCUUUGAGCGUGACGGACUGCCUUACUGUGAGAAAGACUACCACAACCUGUUCUCCCCGCGAUGCCACUACUGUAAUGGACCCAUCCUGGAUAAAGUAGUGACUGCUUUGGACAAGACCUGGCAUCCGGAGCACUUCUUCUGUGCUCAGUGUGGAUCCUUUUUUGGACCAGAAGGUUUCCAUGAAAAGGAUGGUAAGGCGUUCUGCAGAAAGGACUACUUUGACAUGUUUGCUCCUAAAUGUGGCGGCUGUUCCCGGGCCAUCCUGGAGAACUACAUCUCUGCCCUCAACUCGCUCUGGCACCCUGAAUGCUUCGUCUGCAGGGAGUGCUUCACGCCGUUCAUAAACGGCAGCUUCUUCGACCACGACGGCCAGCCGUACUGCGAGUCCCAUUACCACGAGCGCCGCGGCUCCAUGUGCUCCGGCUGCCAGAAACCCAUCACUGGCCGUUGCAUCACAGCCAUGGGCAAGAAGUUCCACCCGGAGCACUUUGUCUGCGCUUUCUGCCUCAAGCAGCUGAACAAGGGCACCUUCAAAGAGCAGAACGACAAGCCGUACUGCCACGGCUGCUUCAUCAAACUCUUCAGUUAGACCGCAUGUCUGCUGUAUGUGCAAUGAGUGUUUGUACGAAUGCACCAUGUCUGUGGGCAUCGCUCAGAUUUUUCAAUACAUCAUAAGGAGGGUAAAAAUGUUUCUAUCAGAGAUGACACUGAAAGGGAUCUCCCUGGAUUUGCCAACUUUUACCUUCAGAUAAAGACCUUUUAAUGGAGCUCAAAGAGAUUUUUAUUUCAGUUUUUGUUCCUAAAUGUGACAAAAGCAAGAAAGAAACAUGUUAUGAUCUCCUUGUUUGUGUGUAAACGACAAGUUUUGAUUGUAAAGUAUUUUCCCCAUUCAGCAGGGCAAGCCCUAGCAUCACACAGCCGUCUGUCGUCUGUGUGACAGUUUUCUGCAGAUCUGAGACAGCUGCUUGAUUGCAUGGACCACUGGGAGUAAAGAGUUUUAAAAUACUAUCAGCGUUUGUUUCAACACUGAGUGCUAUGAAAAUGUAUUUUUCUAACUUUGAAAACUUCUGAGGUGCCAUUUGGAAUAACUGAACCACUUUUCUAUAUGUAAAUCUUAACAGACACACGUUUUACUUGCUUCUGUAGCCUAGACUGGUUUGUUCAUUUAAGCCUUAAAGCUCGCGUUCUGAUCAUGGUUAAAUGUUUUAUAUGUUGAUGUCAAUUACUUCUUUUUUUUCUACAAAUUUCAUUUAAAAACAAGUAUUUUUUUUUUUAAUUUUCAGCACACAUUUCACUUUGAUUUUUAGAAAAGAUGCACCGAUUAGGAUUUUCCAGGCCAAUGCAAAUUACCAAGUGGCUGAUUUUGAUUUAAUUUUAUUCUAAGGACUUAAAGACAUUAAAGAAAUGAUGAAAAUGAAGCGGUAACAAGGUUGUACACAUUAGUCAAAGCAUUAACCGUACUUGCACUGAUCCUCUGGUGCAGUGUUUGAAAUCGGAUUAG